GGGCACCGAGACGUCUGGCAAGACUGCGGGCACCGAGUCGUCUGGCAAGACUGCGGGCACCGAGUCGUCUGGCAAGACUGCGGGCACCGAGUCGACUGGCGGAACAGCGGGCACCGAGUCGUCUGGCAAGACUGCGGGCACCGAGCCAACUGGCGGAACAGCAGGCUUCGAGUCGUCUGGCGGAACAGCGGGCACAGAGUCGUCUGGCAAGAGACAGUGGGCUCCGAGUCAACAGGCACGACAGUGGGCACCGGGUCAUCAGGUAUCGGAUUGUCUGGCUCGACAGCGGGCAUCGGGUCACCAGGCAUCAGGUCAUUUGGCUUGCCAGCGGGCACUGCGUCAUCUGGCAAGGCAGUGGGCACCGGGUCACCAGGUAUGACAGCGGGCUCUGAGUCAAUUGGCACGACAGCGGGCACUGGAUCAGGUCAACUGGCCUAAUAGGAUCGUCGGGCUGGAUCAGUUCAUCAUGCUGAGAAGCGGCAUCAGGCUGAA